AUGGUUGAGUCCCCACCGCGCCAUGUGCCGAUCUUUCUCAACGCGCGCCGGGUGCUGUGGCGGAACGCCGCACGUGCUCUUUGCGCAGUGGCCGCGGUGCAGGGCGACGCUUCCAUGCGCCGCCGCGCAUCCCUCGCCGGUGCAGACCCCAGCCGCCUGGAAAAGCAUGUCCAGAAUCCCGCGACGAUGUCGCAGCUGGAGCAAUCCAUCUACACAGCUGAACUUGAAGAGUCUUUGGCAGAACGUUUGGCAGAGUGGUGUUUGCACUUGGAGGAGCAAGAGGUGGGGCGAUUUGUGAGCAACUGCGGAGGCUGGCAGAGCCGCGACCUGGUCGCCCGCUGCGGCUCCCGUCGCGGGCUGCGGGAGUUGCUGGAGAAGUUGAGUUGGCACCUCAGCGCCUGGCAGGCGAAGAUCGAAGGCGCGACAACAUCAAUCGCUCCUACACACGCCGUGGCAGAUCAGCUUUGGGCCAACAUCAAUCGCCCGGGGCACUUCAACCGGCGCCACGACCACGGCACUGCCACAGCGUCCUUGUUGGUGUCAGGCGUUUUCUACUGCCAGUGCACACCGGAAGCGCCCUUGCGGCUCUAUGGGAAGGAGGUGAUGGAGAUCCACCCGAAGCCUGGCUUCCUGAUUCUUUUCCCGCCGGACAUGGAGCACGAAGUGGACCCGGUGCCUCCCAAUGGCCGCGAGCGGAUCUCGAUCGCCUUCAACCUACGAGCUCGUUGGCUCCAGGAGCCCUGGCAGCGCCAUGCCAUCGAUGGAACCCUGGAGGUGGAUCGGAUGAGAGAUGUUGAUGCAGCAGAUGCCAAGCUAGGACUCACCGCCUUGCAUUUGGCUGCGGAAGCGGGGCAUUUAGGCCUCAUCCAGCAGCUCCUGGACGCUUCAGCAGUGCCCCACCUCAGCCGCGAGGGCUGGUCACCCUUGGGCUUGGCCGCCGAGCGAGGACACCAUCGUGUGGUGGAAUUCUUGCUCGACCACUCCAACGAGCCACAAAAUUUGACCGCUGCGGCUGCGGAGCAUGUGCAGCAGACAGGUGUCGCUGGGCCGCAGGCUCUCGCGGCCGCCGCCGCACGCGGCCACCGCGCCACGCUGGCGCAACUGCUGCGGUGCUUCAGCGCUGAGGACGAUGCUGUGGCGAGGGCAGCAGCAGCAGCUGCUGGGGCUGGGCAGGUGGAGAUUUUGGAAGACCUUCUUCCGCGGACUUCGCCCGAUGUCUCGGGGCAACGCAGCCUCCUGCAUGAGGCAGCUGGAGCUGGACACGUGGAGGUCUGCCGGAUCCUCCUCUCCGACGCAUCGCUGCUGGCGUUGGACGAGCACGGCGCCACAGCACUGCAUGAGGCCUCGGCCAAGGGCCACGCACAGGUCGUGGAUCUUCUGCUGGAGAGGAAAGCGCCUUUGCAUCUCCAAGAUUGUGAGGCUUUGACGCCGCUACAUUGGGCUGCAAGGAAAGGGCAUGUGUCAGCCGUGCCCCGGAGCGACCCACACGGCUGGAGGGAGCCUCCUUCUGCGUAUUUGUCCAAGCGAAAAGCUGUCCCAGUGGCUGCAAGACCUGCGGCUGAGAAGGCGCGAAGUGUUCAACAUGAGGCAGCAGCAGCUGGUCAUGUGGACAUUCUUCAGCUGUUGAGCCGUCACUCGGCCAUGCCUGACUCGAAUAUCAUUGACGAGGAGGGCGCCAGUCCCCUUCAUUGGGCAGCCGCCAAUGGGCAUGUGGAUGUGGUGCGCUUCCUGCUUCAAUCAGGCCAUUCAGACGUGGACUCCGAUUCAGCCGGAAGUUUGCCGCUGCAUGAAGCCGCUUGGGGUGGGCAUCAAGAGGUGCUUGAGAUCUUCUUGGAUGCUGGGGUGCCGAUCGACUUGCGCGGUCCAAACCAACAGACUGUGCUGCACAUGGCAGCCUCUAUGCUCAUGGAAGACAUGGUCCUGCUGCUCUUGGCGCGUGGCGCUGAUCCCUUGCAGAAGGAUUCCCAGGGUCAAACGGCGGCCGAUCUGGCGAUGCUUUUGGGGUGUCCCGAGCUGGCGGCCGGCGAGCUCACAGAGGAGGAGAAGCUCGCUGCCCGCGCCAAGCGCUGGGGCCUGACGGGCGCAGCCGUGGGGGCAGCCGGUGCUGCCACGGCGGCCGGUGCUGCCACGGCGGCCGGUGCGGGCGAGGGAGAAGAGGAGGAAGCGAAGAUGGCGGCAAGAGCUAAGAGGUGGGGCUUAGUGACACCAGCGCCCACGGCGAGUGAGAAGCAAGCUCGGUCCAAGCAGCCCAAGCGGCCUGUGGAAGUGGAGGCAAAAAAUGACUUGGAAGCCUUCCUGGCACGGAAGGCGGCCAAGAACGGUCGCAGUGCACCCUUGGACUGGUCGCGUGGAAGGCCUCGGGCUGGUGGUGGACCGGCCCAUGGUGCACCGGCCCGGAGUGCAGCGGGUGGUGCACGUGGCAACGGCCGCGUGCGCGCGAAUCUGCGGAAAGAGCCGGAGGCAGAACCACCAGACCCAGAGGAAGAGGAAAAGCGGCAGCAGAGGGCCAAGCGUUUCGCCGUGAAGAGCUGA